AACACAGCAGCGUUGUUAGAGAGGCUAGCGUUGUCGGUGCUGUGCGGCGAGAGUUCGACUACAGAUGGUUCCCGUAGCAAGAAUAGGACCGACCACAGCCAAUUCUUUACACAAUAUAUAAGCUAAAGCUUUCAUCCGAAUACGACUUCAGCAUUCGCUACAGCGUUCCCAUAUCAACAACUCCCUGCCCAACCCUCCACAAUGACUUUCGCUCCUCGCUCAGAACGAUCAACGGUCCAGGAAUCCACAAAGAUAGACGCGACGAUACGGUUAUCAGAAGGCGAAUCUUACGGAUCGGAAAUGAAGACACGUUUGCAGGUUGAGGUGCAGGAUGUCCCCUGUCUAUGUAAAGCUAUCGAAAGGGAUCUAGCUGUCGCCCAAGCUACAGCUUCAGACGGCCCGACUAUCGACCUUCUGCAGGAGUUUUCGCAUGUGCAACAACGUAUCAAACAGCUUCCUCAUCAAUUACGAGUAGUUUUCGACUGUAUUCAUGAAGUGGGGCUGGGCUCCGUUCUCGACAAACAUGCCGAUGUGGUAUUCAAGCAGAAGCAGAUGGAGCUAUUCAAGCGGUUCAUUGCCCGUCAGAACGAUGAUAUUAAUUUCAUUGUCAACACCCUCGAAAGCCUGAGCGAAGACGCUUCAGAGUUAGUGAUUGCUUCUCCAGUCUUGAAGGGCCACGCCGCUCCACCGAAAGAAAAGUCUUCGGGUUUGUUUGAGAAGUUUCACGUUCCUGGUCGUACGUCGAAGACCGCUCAUACGGACAAUUACAACGCUGGGAAAAUAGUCUCCGCAAUCCACCAGAAGCCAUACAAUACCCUGAACCCAGAACCCCAAGAUGGCGACUCGCGUCAUCACAACAACGAUUUGGUAAAAAAUUUGGAUGCAUUAAUGGCAAGUCUUCGAAUCUUCUCCGACAUGUAUGAGGAUGCAUCGGAGGCACUCGGCAAGAUGGAGUUGUUUAUUCUGGAUAGCGACGAGGAGGAUAUUGCACAAAGAGUUCAAGAAUUUCGUCACUGGUUGAAGGAUACGUCAUCGCGCCUGUCGUUGGAUUGUUCUAGCUAAACAGUGAGCGUUAGCCUAUGCAUAUAUAUUAUGACCUCUGCUUCAUUCCGUGUCGGCUGGCUGGCUGAGCCUUUCGAUGGACGGACUUCGUUUGUAGCAGUAGUACUAUUAUUACGAUUCUUAAACUGCC